AUCUCUCAUCCGAACACACGGAAUAGUUUCAACGUCUCUAAGCUUUGAAAAGCAUUAGUUCAUCAUAAAAAAAUAAAAAUAAAAAUAAAAUAAAAAAUAAAAAUAAAAAAAAGCUUUGAAAAGCAUGGAAGGCAGAGCAACAUAUUUAUCAAAUCUCCUGCAGAAUUGCAUAGACAAGAAAUCCCUUUUGUCUGGCAAGCUUAUUCACGCUUUUCUACUACGCCGCAACGGCCUCUUUUCGAAUACUUUCCUCUCCAACCGCCUCGUCGAGUUGUACUCGAAGUGCGGCAAUAUCGAGUACGCACACAGAGUGUUUGAUAAAAUGCCGCACCCAGACGUCUACUCUUGGAAUGCCAUAUUGGCUGGUUGCUCUAAAUUUGGGAGUUUAGGGGAUGCUCAGGAGUUGUUUUUGAGAAUGCCGGAGCGAAACACUGUUUCGUGGAAUACUCUGAUUAGUGCCUUGGUUCGACAUGGGCAAGAAGAAACGGCAUUGGGGGUUUACGAUACAAUGAUUUUGGAGGAAUUCAUGCCUACCCGGUUCACGUUGGCGAGUGUGUUUAGUGCGUGCGGAGCGUUGUUGGAUGUGGAGCAUGGUAGGAGAUGUCAUGGUCUUGUUAUCAAAAUUGGUCUUGAGGAGAAUAUCUAUGUUGCCAAUGCUUUACUCUCCAUGUAUGCAAAAUGUGGACUUAUUAGGGACGCGGUUCAGGUUUUUUCUGACAUGGAUGAGCCUAAUGAGGUUACUUUUACAGCUAUGAUGGGAGGGUUAGCGCAGACGGACAGAGUCAUGGAGGCUGUCGAAAUGUUUAGAAUGAUGUGCAGGAAAGGGGUUCGUAUUGAUUCCAUCUCAUUGUCGAGCAUCUUGGGUGUUUGUGCCAAAGGAGGAGGUGGCGAGUUUGGUGUUGGUGAUCAGAAUGAUGGGAUUCCAUGUAAUGUGAGCGGACAACAAAUACAUGGGCUUACAAUUAAACUUGGAUUUGAGGGAGACCUUCAUGUGAACAAUUCAUUGCUCGAUCUGUACGCAAAGAAUGCGGAUAUGAAUAGUGCCGAGAAGGUUUUUGCUAGUUUACCUGAAGUUAGUAAUGUUUCUUGGAAUGUCAUGAUAGCCGGGUAUGGCCAGAUACACCAGAGUCAGAAAGCUAUAGAAUAUCUGCAAAGGAUGCGAUCUUGCUGUUUUGAACCAGAUGAGGUUACUUAUAUACACUUGCUUGCAGCAUGUGUCAAGUCUGGUGAUAUAAAAAGUGGACGCAAAAUGUUUGAUAACAUUUCAUGUCCAAAUGUGAGUUCAUGGAAUGCCAUUCUCUCUGGAUAUUUCCAGACUGGUGAUCAUGAGGAGGCGAUAAAGCUGUUCAGGGAAAUGCAGUUCCAAAAUGUACAACCUGAUCGAACAACUUUGGCAAUUGCCCUCAGCUCCUGUGCCGCAAUGGGGCUUCUGGAGGCUGGAAAAGAGGUUCAUGCUGCCUCCCAAAAGGCAGCCUUUCAUACAGAUAUAUAUGUUGCAAGUGGACUUAUUGGCAUGUAUUCAAAGUGUGGUAAGACAGAAAUGGCAAAGCAUAUAUUUCAUAGUAUGCUUGAAUUAGAUAUUGUUUGUUGGAACUCUAUGUUGGCAGGCCUUUCACUCAAUUCUCAAGAUAAGGAAGCUUUCACUUUCUUUAAGCAUAUGCGGGAAGAUGAGAUCCUUCCUACCCAAUUCACUUAUGCUACUGUACUGAGUUGUUGUGCAAAGCUCUCUUCUUCGUUUCAAGGGAAACAGGUUCAUGCUCAGAUGACAAAGGAUGGAUAUAUGAAUGAUGUCUUUGUAGGAAGUGCUCUCAUUGAUAUGUAUUGCAAAUGUGGUGAUGUGGAUGAGGCCCGAAACUUUUUUGAUACGAUGCCUAGCAAAAAUACUGUUACUUGGAAUGAAAUGAUACAUGGGUAUGCACAAAAUGGACGUGGAGAUGAGGCCGUUCUGCUUUACAGGGACAUGAUUGAAUUGGGUGAAAAACCUGAUGGUAUAACUUUUGUUGCUGUUUUGACUGCUUGUAGCCAUGCCGGAUUGGUCGAUGAAGGCAUUGACAUAUUCAAUUCAAUGGAACAAGAACAUAGAGUGGUGCCUGUUUUGGAUCAUUAUACGUGCAUUAUUGAUGCUCUAGGCCGUGCUGGUCGUUUCCAUGAAGCAGAAGUCCUAAUAGAUGAGAUGCCAUAUAAAGAUGAUCCAGUUAUAUGGGAGGUUUUGCUUAGCUCUUGCAGGGUUUAUGCUAAUGUGCGCUUAGCUAAAAGGGCAGCAGAUGAACUCUUCCGCUUGACCCCACAUAAUUCAGCCCCUUAUGUGCUUCUCGGCAAUAUUUAUUCUUCUUUAGGAAGAUGGGACGAGGCAAGGGAAGUGAGAGAUAAAAUGAGUGAUACACAGGUUGUUAAGGACCCAGGUUAUAGCUGGAUUGAAUACAACAAGGGAGACCGAACUGGUUAUGGCGGGUGAUAAUUUCAUUGUGGUUGAUGAUGAAGUUGAAGUAGCAAGUAACAGAAAAUCUUUCUAUCAUGCCUAGCCCAAAGUCAAAAUACUUCUACAGGGGCAUGCCUUGGUGCUUCUUCAUGGAAUCAUAUGGUAUUCUCCUUGUGGAAGCUCGGGAACUAUAAAACAGAAGGUUGAAUGCCGCGGCAUCCUUCUCUCAAGAGCCUCGUUAGCCCUGGAAGGUUUGAACAAGUGAAAGGGAGGGGUUUGCCGGCUAUGCAAGAAUCGGAUGUGCUAUGUUGUAGACAUGAAAGCAUAAUAACUCAACAGCAGGGAUAUCCCUUGAAUCAGACAAGGAAAGAGAGCGUAGGUUCCGUUGUUCUAGUGCUGCAGACUAAGUACGGGUUUCCUUUUUUAUCAACAAGAAUACAACUUACAAAAGGGCAGCCCCAAUUCAAGGGACGGGGGAGGAAACGAGGAAAUUCAUGCCUGCAGGAUGCCUGAUCUCGUAGCGGACUAAACUCUCUUCAUAUGUACGGACACAGUUCGUCUGAGACAGAAUUUAGCUCGUCUCGAAAGUAUAGUAGCUGUAAACCCAUAAGAUUUUGUAAUAGUUUCAACCAUACGAUGAUUUUGGUUCAAAUAUUAACUUUAGGUCAAACAAUAAAGGCACAUAUGUUUGUGA